AUGGCACGUCUUCAGUCCUUUGACUCCUUUCUGCUAAUAUGCGCUGUAGUUUACACAAUCAUCCACCCCAUCGCAGCCACCGAUGCCGCAUAUCCUCCUCCCUACGGGCUUGAUUCCACCGAAAAAGAUCUUGGCCCCGUCCGCCGUGAAGUGUACGGUGGCGGCCGAAUCAUCGACAUCAGCCACAGGUACCAUCCGGACAUGCCGUCGUGGGAAUCCAACGACGGUAUCGGCCAAUUCUUGUGGCUUCCGAAGAGCAUGAAGAAUGGGUCUCUGGCUAAUAACUCUGAGAUGAAGCUCCCGACUCACACUGGAACUCACGUUGAUGCACCUGGUCAUGUUAUCGACCACUAUUUUGAUGCCGGAUUUGAUGUUGACACCCUGGACCUUGAAGUUCUCAACGGUCCAGCAUUGCUUGUUGAUGUUCCAAGAGACAAAAACAUAACUGCUCAAGUUAUGAAGUCCUUAAAUAUUCCCAAGGGUGUGACAAGAGUCCUUUUCAGAACACUAAACACUGACAGGCGCCUUAUGUACAAGAAGGAAUUUGACACAAGUUACGUGGGAUUCAUGAAAGAUGGGGCUAAAUGGCUCAUAAAUAACACUGACAUUAAACUUGUUGGAAUUGAUUACUUAUCUGUUGCUGCUUUUGAUGAUCUCAUUCCUUCUCAUCUUGUUUUCCUAGAAGGCAGAGAAACCAUCCUUGUUGAAGGCCUGAAACUUGACGAUGUUCAGCCAGGGAUAUAUUCCGUGCACUGCUUGCCUCUGAGUGAUGUCUCCCUUGUUUUUGAAAGAUGA